AUUGUCGUAUUAUUCAUUAUUAUUAUUAUUGCCGAAGUAAUAAUAAGGUAUUUAGCGUUAGUGAAAAAAAAAGUAAAAUAAAUAAUAAUAAUAAUUUUUUCUACGGUAGUACUGUUGCCAAAACCUAUUAGUUUUAGUUAUUGUGCGAUAUUUCUGUCGACAAACAAUAGAAUUCGGCACCGUGUUCUUGUUUAAGUAACCUAAUCGUUUUUCAAUUUGUAUUCAGAAAGAAAUAGAAAUGUCCGACGGAGACGUAGUCAAAGACGGCGUGGACAAGUUGGCGAUUCACGACGACGACGAAAUCGAAUCCAAUUACAAGCCACCGCCGGAAAAAACUAUUGAAGAACUCUUGAAUGCUGACAAAGAGGAUGCUAGUUUGCAGAAAUACAAGGAAAAAUUACUGGGCGAUGCUAACAGUGGAAAAAUUAUUUUUGAUGAAAAUAAUCCAAACAAAGUGAUUGUCAAGAAAUUAGCUUUAUGUGUUGCUGAUAGACCAGACAUGGAACUUGAUUUGUCUGGCGAUUUAACAAAUUUAAAAAAACAGGUGUUCAUUAUAAAAGAAGGAAUAUCAUAUAAAAUUAGAAUAGAUUUUAUAGUACAACGAGAAAUUGUUCAUGGUCUCAAGUAUGUUCAAAAGACUUAUCGUCUUGGUGUACCAGUGGACAAAAUGACUCAUAUGGUUGGAUCAUAUCCACCCAAGAUGGAAAUACAGAGUUAUACAACACCAGCUGAAGAUGCUCCUAGUGGCAUGAUGGCACGUGGUUCAUACACGGUUCAUUCUCUAUUUACGGAUGACGACAAAAAGGAACAUUUAAAAUGGGAAUGGGUAUUCGAGAUUAAAAAAGACUGGAAGGACAAUUAAUCUACAAGGAAUUUAAAUUAUCAGUUACAAAUUUAUAAUAAUUUAAUUACACACACAAAUGCUAUAAAUUUAAUAAGUUUAUUUUCAUUCAAAUCUUUUUUUAGAUUUAUAGAUAAUUUUAAUUUUAAUAAGCCAAUUCAGUUUAUUUAUCGUAUUACUAUUAUUUUUGUAAUCUUCAAUAAUUGAACAUUGCAUGGUCAUUUAAAAAUAUAUAAAUUUUUAAUUUUUAUAAAUGUAUAAUAUUUUAUUUAGACUACUUAUUAUGGUGCCAAAGUUUUAAUUCGAUCAAAUUCUUUCUACCUUCUCAGGUCUCUUUAAAGUUUUGCAAAAAAUUAUGUUUACUUAAUAUUUUUAGGGACCAUGGAAUUUUUAUCGAACAAUACAUUUUAGAUUUAAUUAUUUUAAUUAACAUCACUUAAAAGUUAAAUAUUGUAUUUUUGUGAAAAAAAAAUAAAUUUUUUUAUUGUAUUUUUUUUAUACCUCAUCGUACAUAAUUAUAAUCAUAUUCAAUUACAAUAAUAAGUUUUUAAGUGUUAUGUAAUGUGGAUCAAAUAAUAAAUCAUUA